AUGUUAACUAACUAGAGAUCUAAACCUAAACUCAAACCUGUCUUCAAAUUCAAAUACUUCUUAAAAACUAUAGGUUUACCUGAAGUUUUGAAGGAUUAAAGUGGUAGACUAAGAAAAUCUGUUGAAAAUAAUCAAUUCCCAUUAUAUCAAAAUAUCAGUAGUUCUGUUAGAAAGAACGGUUCCACUAUUUAACAAUCACUCUUGCCUACUGUUACAAAUAGAAAAUCCCUUGUGAUUGAACCCAUUUCAUAUUCCAUCAAUAAUCUUGAUCAUUUAAUACCAGAUAAAAGCAUUAAAAAUAAAAAAAAAAAUUACAAGAAAUUUAAGAAUUUAAGCAUUUAUAUGAAUUCAAAUGAAUACAUCAACUUAACUAAUGAUGAAUUGUAGGCAGUCUAGUCUAUUAAAAACAGCCCAAACAAAUAAUAAAGCUACAAUAAAUAAUAAGAUUAAAAAAAAACCAGAAAAUAGAAGUUGAUUGAAUUUUUGAAAGGCCAACAUCAUAACAUGUAGUUUACGACUAUAUUAUAGAAGAAAACUUAAAAAGAUCAAGCUGUGCUUCCUUCUUUCAUUAUUACUAAAUAUCAGGAACUUCAGUUUUGA